GGAAAAAUAAGUCUUCUUGUAAAGAGACCACCUGUUCAAACACUCCAUGUUGACAGUCUGGCAGCAUGGGAGAAAGACUUUUCUAGCAAAGAACAUGCAAGAUGGAGUCCAAUAUUCAAAAUACUGAGGAAACCAGUGCACUUGCAGAAGUAGUUGAGAACAACAAGUUCAAGACAACUGGGGACAUUGCCUUCUACAGGCGUCAGAAGAAAUUGUUGCCAGGAAAUUCUCCAUAUCAUGCCUUACUGGAUACUCUCCAACUAUCAAGCUGCAAAGCUACGCUACAGUUGCUUAAUGAAGAGAAUAAGGUUUCACUGCUUUUGGAGAUCUUUGCCCUUGAGGAUCAUGUAAUCAGGAUAAAAGUGAACGAGUUGAAGCCAAUGAAGCUGAGAUAUGAAGUCCCUGAUGUUAUUGUUAACGAACCAGUCACACAAAGACUGACUGUAGUGUGUAAUGAUGGGCUUUCUUUAACACUGGCUGCAGCUAAUGGAUGCACCCACGUACUGGUUGUAGCAAAGCCAUUUCGAAUGGAAAUUCAGAAUCAUGGUGAAGUAUCCAUGUGUGUGAAUUCUCUUGGGUAUUUAUACUUUGAACAUCUGCGUGAGAAGUCACAAUCUGAAGUAAACAUAAGAGGAAGCCGACAGGAAGGCAAAAGAAAACGUGACAUGGAGACCCAGGAGGAGAGUGAAGAAGAUCUUGGCUUGUGGAAGGAGCAGUUUCAUGAAUUUAUAGACGUCAAAAUCAAUGGCCCAACAUCUGUUGGCUUGGAUUUCUCCCUACAUGGCUUCGAGUAUGUUUAUGGAAUUCCAGAGCACACGGAGAACUUACGGCUGAAAACUACAAGUCAAGAAGAUCCCUACAGAUUGUAUAAUCUGGAUGUAUUUGCAUGUAAACUCCACAGUCGAAUGGGAGUGUAUGGCUCUGUACCUCUCCUCCUUGCACACAAACAAAACCAAACCAUGGGGAUUUUCUGGCUGAAUGCUUCUGAGACACUGGUGGAUAUCAGCUUGAACACAGAGAAUAAGACUUCCUUGGGCAAGACAAAGAAAUUAAAGACUGAUGAUGAUGUGUUACCAAGGACAGAUGUACGAUGGAUGUCUGAGAGUGGGAUAAUUGAUGCAUUUAUUUUAAUGGGUCCCAGUGCUUUUGAUGUUUUCAGUCAGUACUCAAGGCUCACAGGUCUUCAGGCAUUUCCUCCUCUGUUUGCACUGGGUCACCACCAAUGCCGCUAUAGCUAUAAGGAUGAAAAUGAUGUUGAACAAGUAGAUGCUGGCUUUGACAUGAAUGACAUUCCUAAUGAUGUUAUCUGGCUGGAUAUUGACCACACUGAAGGGAAACAGUAUUUUACCUGGGACAGGUCAAAAUUUCCUAGACCUCGAGAAAUGCAAGAACACCUACGAUCUAAAGAUCGGAAGCUAGUUGUUGUCAUUGAUGCUCACAUCAAAGUAGACAAGAAGUACCCAUUCUACUGUGAAGCCAAAUCCAACAAGUACUUUGUCAUGGAUAAAGAUGGUGAGGAGUACCACGGCUCCUGUUGGCCAGGUGUGUCAGCCUAUUUAGACUUCACAAAUCCCAUAGUCCGCAACUGGUAUGCCAACAAGCACGGAUUGGACCAAUACAAGGAUUCCACAGAUAUUCUUUUUGUCUGGAAUGACAUGAAUGAGCCAGCUGUGUUUAGUGGACCUGAACUCACUAUGCACAAGAAUGCAGUGCAUGCUGGUGGAUGGGAGCACCGAGAGAUGCACAACCUGUAUGGUUUUUAUCAGCAAUGGGCAACAGCUGAGGGUCUGAUUCGUCGAUCUAGAGGAAUGGAGAGGCCGUUUGUCUUGACUCGCUCCUUCUUUGCUGGUUCACAGAGAUAUGGAGCUGUAUGGACAGGAGACAAUGUAGCUGAAUGGAGUUACCUUAAAAUCUCAAUCCCGAUGCUACUUAAUCUCAGUAUAACUGGAAUCUCCUUCUGUGGAGCUGACAUUGGUGGAUUUGCACAGAAUCCUGAGCCAGAACUUCUUGUUCGCUGGUAUCAGGCUGCUGCAUACCAACCUUUUUUCAGGAACCAUUCCCAUGCAGAGACAAAGCGACGAGAGCCUUGGUUGUUUGGAGAGGACAACACUAAGAUUAUCCGGGAAACAAUUCGAGAGCGAUAUGCCUUGUUGCCAUUCUGGUACACUCUCUUCUACAUGGCCCAUACCAAGGCAGAGCCAGUAAUCAGACCUUUAUGGGUGAAUUUUCCUGAGGAGGUCAACACAUUUGCAGUUGAUGAUGAAUUCAUGAUAGGAGAAGCCUUGCUGGUGCAUCCAGUGACCGAAGCUGGAAUCUCAGAAGUGAUUGUGUUACUUCCUGGGAAAGGGGAGCUAUGGUACUAUCUCAGAACAUUACAGCGGUUUGAUGGUGAGCAGAUUCUGCGUGUUUCUGUAACCCUCGAUAGUAUACCCAUUUAUCAGCGUGGAGGCACCAUCAUCCCCAGGAAGACACAAGUGUUGAGGUCCACAAAGGCUAUGGAGAUGGUUUCCUAUGCUUUAUAUAUUGCACUGGAUUCUGAGAACUCAGCCAUAGGCAAGUUAUUUCUCGAUGAUGGGCAUUCAUUCAACUAUCAAAGUAAGAAUCAAUUCUUACUCAGAAAAUUCAGCUUCAAGGACAAUACAUUUUCAUCAGUGUGUGCUGAUGAGAAAGGAUGUUACUGCACUGGGUGUGUGGUGGAGAGGAUCCUUGUUAUGGGAGCUGAGAGACCUACAUGUGUGACAGCAAGGUACCCAGACGGACAAGAGAGUGCAGUGCAUUUCACCUACAAUGCGGGGAAGUCCCUUUUAAACGUUGAAGAUCUGCGACUUAAUUUAGCCUGUGACUGGAUGCUGAACUUUCAUUACUGAUGAGCAGACAUUGAGCUAUCUGUAUCAAGGUGGAAGUGAUUUUCAUUGAAUCCAUAAUCAACUGCAGUACUGGUAUCAAUUUUGUGGGGAAAUGAUGGAGUGGUGGUUUGUCACGGGACUAGUCAUCCAAAGACCCUCUCUAAUGCUCUGG